AGCUGUGUCUCAGACCAAGCCUACAGGCUCUCUAGUCAUAGGUACCAUUAAGAUUGAUGAACAGGGCAACGUGGUUACACAAAAACAAAUUUCCACUGGCCCAGAGAAAAAUGUCAAUCCCAAUGUGGACGCUAAUACAGAAACAUCCCCAUUGGACAAAGCCAAAACAUUCUGGAGCACUGAAGAAAAGCAAGACCAAUCAACUACGAUCAACCGAGGGCCCAUAGUAAACAACAGAGAUACUGAUGUGUUCAAACCCUCGAUUGUGUCUGGAGUCUCUAAACUUUCAGUGAAAACACCUCCUGAGGAAACACACAAAGAGGUCAUUAUAUUGGAAAGGAAGCCCAUAUCUGUAGUGGCAAGUAAGCCUUCAUUCCCAGAGCCUGCAGAAAAUCCCUCUUUCACAGCUGAAAGGCGAGAUCUCUCUUUUCUUAUACCCUCCAGAAGAACCUCCAGCCAAUACAUAGCUUCUGCCAUUGCUAAAAAUAAUAGCAUUCCCAACACUAAAACAGAUAUCAAGCAGGCACCAUCAGAGUCCAUUGUUGGUGUUCAAAAACCUGUCAGUCAACGGUUUAAUAGUGAGGUUAGACUUACAAUCAUACACAAAACUGCUAAUGCUUUCAAACCCCCCCAAAAUUCAAGGCCUUCUUUUGGACACCCUAAACACCUGAAAAGUUACAUCAGUCAUGUUGCCGAAAAGCCAGCAAGUUCUGAGAGAAUAAGCAGUGUUGAAAAAGGCACUCUGCUUGGGGAAGACAGAACCAAAUCUCUUGAAUCACAUCCCUUAAAUAACAAAAUCCAGCCUUCUACACAUAUGUCUGCUCACAUUAAACACACGGAGUCUUCCUCUGAAGAAGCCACACCAAUCAAUAAGUUCCCAGACACCUCCUCUGCCAGAGAGACGCCAACAGACACCACACGUCCACCACUUACAAAGAAGGCAGAGGUACACAAAUCUGAGAUUCCAUAUGAUCCAAACCAGGCUAACUUGUUCGGACCAGUUAAGAAGUUCAAGCCUGUUACUUUUAAGCCUGAACAGAAGAACAUUUCUAUUCAUAGCUUGCUUAUGGAGGCCAUACAGUCUGGAGAGUGCAUUGAACAGCUCAGAAAGGUGUCUGGCUUGUCUACCAACUGCACAGUUAGGAAGCCAACUUACAAUUAUGCAGAUAACGAGCAUUCAGAACUUCUUUCCGCAAUAAGAGCUCCAAACAACUCUGCCAGACUGAAGAAGACCAAAUCAGGAGCAGCUAAGGAGUUGGAGCUGAUCAGGAAACUUGAGGAGGACAGAAAUGUCCAGAGAGAUGAUAUCUCACCUCCUCCCACUUCUUCUGCUGCCUUUGUGCCAUCCCCACCUCCACCUUCAGCUCCAGUCAAGACCCCUCUAGUGCUGCCUGCUGGAGGAAACUCAGAGUCUGCCCGAGAGGCUCUUCUGGAGGCCAUUCGCUCAGGCUCUGGGGCUCAACAUCUGAAGAAGGUAAGAGGCUCAUUACAGCCCAAGCUUGUUUUAAAGAAACCAUAUAGGAGAAAUGUCUAA